AUGUCUACUGCUCCGAAACGCAAGACCCGGGAAGGGUCCUCUGAUGCUGCCCCAGCUCGCAAGAAGGCGCAUCGCAAGGCCGACAAAGCAAACCAGGAGCCAGAAUUCGCGGACUUCGGCAGCGGAGGCGAGGAAAAGAAGUCCAAGCCAGCGCGCAAAUACAAAGACAAGUUUGCUCCUCGUCCGGAGAAGGAGUACCCUUCCGUCAACGACCUCAAGAAACGCAUCCGAGAUGUGAAGCGACUAUUGAACAAGCAAGACCUCUCUGCCGAUGCCCGCAUCUUGCAGGAACGUGCGCUUGCCGGUUACGAAAAGGACCUUGAAGAUGAAACGAAACGCCGUGAACGGUCACAAUUGAUCAGCAAAUACCACUUUGUUCGCUUCCUUGACCGCAAAGCUGCCAACAAGGAACUUGCUCGCCUUACCCGCCGUCUUAAAGCAGAAGAUCUGAACCCCAAGGAAAAGGCUCAACUCGAAGCCAAGAUCAGCGAUUGCCAGGUCAACAUCAACUACACAAUCUACUACCCUCUCACCGAAAAGUAUCUCUCAAUCUACCCCAAGUCCAAUGGAAAACCCGAGGCCGCGGAGGCCGAGUCCUCGAAGAAAGGAACUGAGGCUGCCCAAGCCAAACCUGCGCUGUGGCCCAUUGUUGCAAAGUGCAUGGAAGAAAAGACACUGGACCUCCUCCGUGAAGGAAAAUUGAACAUCAACUUCAAGGGAGAGAAGAUCGAGGACACAUCCAGCAAAGCUACGACCAAAGAUACCAACAAGGAGAAGAGCACAAAGAAGGAGCACCAGAAAGAUUCGAAGACUGCUUCCCACAAGGACAAGUCUGCCAAACGGGACAAACACAGCGGCAAGAACGACAAAUCGGCCCGCAAGGCCGAAUCCAAGCAUGUCGCACCACAGCCCAGCGCGGAUGAUGAUGAGAGCGAUGGUGGUUUCUUCGAGUAA